AUGGAGUGUGCUCCGAGCCAGUGUAUUCCCAAUGUUUACCGGGCAAUCAUGUGCUUCGAGAAUCUGAGCCGUUUCUUCACUUUGGAGCUGACAGUGCGCGAGUUCUUUUAUUUUUUCGAGGUGAGGCACUUUGAGCAGUAUGCCCAAGUUCACACCUACAAGACCAAGCUGUUCGACGGUCUCAGUCAGGGAGAUCACGCUUGGCAUGACGACGUGUUGGAAGUUAGCGGACGGUGGGAGGGCGACGUUCGUGACGGCCCACUUGUUCCCGUCACCUAUUGCCAUGUGAAUGACAUUAGCAAGCAAUUGGAGCUUGGACCAGACAUGGCUAAGGUCCGUCGUGCUUUGAACAUCCCUCAAAAGUUUCGCGAGUGGCGUUGGCUGUUGAGCGAGUACCGAGAGGUAGACGGUGGUCUGCCCCCUGCCGAGGAUGUCGAAAGGUGGAAGCAGAAUGGCCCUGACCUUGACGAUCUGCCUACAGUACAGGAAGAGUGUUCUGCUGAAUCUCCACCAAAGAGAAAGGCUGCUACCAAAUCUUCCAGAGGUGAAGCCACUUCUUCGCAUGCCAAGAAUGGGUCUCCACCGAGGAAGAAGCCAAGGCUCCCUUCUGCUGAGAAGACUCAAGUGGGGUCUGCUCCGUCAUCAUCUGCCAGGGUCAAGCAUCUCGAGGGUGCAGAUAGCACGAAGGUUGGUGGUAUGCGCGGUGCUCGGGGUGUUCUGCCCGAGCCUCCUGCCGACACGCUCGAAAACCAUGACAUGCUUCGUGAGACAGCUUGUGUCCGGCCUAGUUCUGCUGAGCGUCAAAGAGAUGUAGACAUUCCUCCUCAAAGUUCGAGUCGUCUGCAUCGGUCGAAAGAUGGAGAUCGAAGUGGGAGGUUUGCUUAUGAUCCAGCUGUUGAACCGUGGGCAGUCAAGCGUGGAGUUGAUUCAGUAUCAUUGACUCCUUUGGAGAUGAAGUUGGCGGAGGCUAAGAAGAUGAGAGAGUCAUCUGCUCGGGCUAAGGGUUCUUCUUCAGCGACGGUGGUUGGUCCCAAGGUGGAUAAGUCUAACCCUGCAGGGGAUGCAUGCGUGUCUGAUCUGCUCAAGACGAACUUCCUAUCGAACCCGUCCUCAUGUGCUGAGCUGGUUGAUCACAUUCGUCAGGCAGGCGAUCUUGGCACUUUCUCGAGCCUUUCCUUGGAAAAACAAAGGGAAGCGACAUUCCAUCUGAUUAAAAAAGGAUUGGUUUUUGCUGCAGAGACCAUUCGGAACUCAUCUGCUGUUUCCCCCUCUUCUGCUCAGCUUAGCGAGCUGGAGAAGAAGAAUGCUGAAUUGGCCAGCCAUCUUGUUGCCGAGCAGGCCCGUUAUGAGAAGAAGAUGCAUGAUUUGAGGGCAAUGAUUUCUGAGCUAAAAAGCUCCCUUACCGAGAAGGAUUCUGAGCUCAACUCUCUUGCCACUGAUUUGUCUGAAGCCAUCAUAGACGCGUACAAGUUGGGCUAUCUGCACUGUGCGGAUGAGACUACUCCCUUGUAUGCAAUUGAUGAUGUAGACAUCGAGACACUCUGCCCCGAUUCACCCCGUGCGGAAGGAGGAACUGAAGAGCAAGAAGUUGGAGAGAUGAUGGCAGAUGAGGCUGCUGAAGGCAUAGCUAAUCAGGUGGACGCCGAAGAGGCUGCGACUCAGAGGUCUCCUGCCGGCGCCUCAGAGUAG